AUGUUGAAGUUCAUGAUAUUGUUCAGCUGUCGGGGGAAGUGGCUACCACUGGCUAGCCUCAUGAAGGUGCAGCCGAGCAUCGGCACUUGGGUGCGGGAGUACCUCCCAGACCGCACCAGCCCUGUGUUCGAGAGGCUCUUGGAGAUACCCCCGCCCCCGGAACGCCACGCGGAGGCGGCGGCUGCGGCGGCGGCGGCGGGUCCGCCAGCGCUGCUGCCCAUCUCGCGGGCGCUCCGAGAGGCCCGCAAGGUCACCCUGCCGAUCGGGGCGCCGCACGGGGCACCUCUGCGGCCGGCGCUCGGGGCGGAGGGCGACCUGCAGCGGGGCGCGCCGAAGGGCCCCGUCACCCUGGCGGCCAGCAUGCACGCAGAGAUCGACCGAGGCGGCCCCGCGCGGGCUGGCGGCGAGGAGGCCCCGCACUUCGGCGCCAGCCCGCGGUACUCCGUACGCCGUGCUCGGCCGGCCCGCCCGGGGCUGGCGUGA